UUGGUGGUUGGCUGGUGUUCCUCAGUGUCAUUUAUGUCCAGCUUUUGUGUUUUUCUGUUUUAGCAGUAAUGAUUAUAUUUAUUACAAGUAUUUUAUUGAAAGAAAUAACAGUGACAAUAAUGCGUGCCGAACCUUUUAUACCUGAUUAAUUGGCGUCUUUGAGUCACCACGGCUUCUUCAGGGCUGUUCCUGAGUAGGGGCUGCGAUGGAGGUCGGAGCCCGCGCCCUGGACGUGCUGCCCCUGCUACAGGAGCGGGUGGCGGCGCUCACCGGCGGCCGAGACCGCCGCGGCGGGCCCAUCAUCUGGUUCCCGGCCAACUCGCGUCGGGACCGAGUCGCUCCAGAUGACUACAGGCGGCUGUUGCAUUAUCUGACCAGCAUACCUAGUGACUCAGUCAGAUCUCACGGCUUCACCAUACUGAUAGAUAUGAGAGGAUCAGCAUGGGCCGCCAUCAAGCCGAUCCUGAAAGUCCUGCAGGAACACUUCUCCUCAUCCGUCCACCAGGCGCUGGUAGUGAAGCCUGACAAUUUCUGGCAGAAGCAGCGCACGACAAUAGGAGCACAUAAGUACAAGUUUGAUACUACCAUGAUUAGUUUAGAAGCACUUCCUAAAGUAAUAGAUAGCUCGCAAGUGCCUACAGACCUGGAAGGGACACUCCAGUACGAUCACGCUCAGUGGAUUGACUUAAGACUUGCGCUAGAAGAGUUGAUGUGGCAAGCGGGAGAGUUGUUGGACCGACUGGAUGACUUGCAAGAAGACGUCGCGCGCGCGGACUUCGCGGAUGACGUCACGGGCGCGCGGCGAGCAAUCGACGCACACGCAGAUAUUAGCAAAAGGCUCGCGAAAGUACCCGUCGAUGAACUGGAGGCACAGGGGGAGCGGGUGCUCCAACGGUUAGAGGCUGCCGAAGCCGCUUGCGCCGAAGCUAGCGGCAGCGGCGGCGACGCAGCUGCGUUCCACUGCGGCUCCGUAGGCGGCGUGCGCACGCAACUGGCGGCCGUACGUUCGGCGCACGCGCAUGCCCACAAACUGUGGCAGCACAAGAAGAUGCAGCUUGACCAGUGUUUCCAGUUGAGGCUGUUCGAGCAGGACUGCGAAAAGAUGCUCGAAUGGAUAGUGAAUCAUCGGACGGCAUUCCUUGCAACGUACGUGGAAAUCGGCAGAUCUUGUACGGCUGCCAAACGAUUACAAGAAGAGCAUGCGAGAUUUGCCGCGGCGUGUACGGGCGGCGGAAGGCCGAGUGUGGCGCGAGUGACGACGGCCGCUCGAAGGCUGGCAGACAAAAGGCACUACGCCGAGGCACACAUUACGUCACUAGCACAUCGCCUCGAAAGGGCGUAUAAGCAGCUGUCUGCUGGUCUGGAAGAGCGUUCUGCCGUAUUAUCCCUGUCUGUGGUGUUUCACCACAAGGCUGAGGCGUAUGUAUCAGCGGUUAGCGGCUGGGGGGCUCAGUGUGCGGUCGCCCUUCAGCUGGCUACGGGCCAGGGAGGGGCCCCGCCGUGUGCCGACCCCCGUGCUUUGGAACAACACGCCCAGAGGCAUAGGCAGCUCUACGAACAUAUGUGUCAGGCGUAUACAGAAGUUCAUUCCACAAGUAAAAAGCUAUUGUAUCAACUGGACCAUUUAGUGCAAGUCUGCCAUCAAACUGACCCCGCUGACAUGAGCGAAGGAUCUGUAAGCACAGCUGGGAGCAGUGGCGGGGACCCUGCGGCGGACUAUAGUUCUGGCGCAAGUCAUGUGUUAGCAGUAAUUCAACAAAUACUAGGCCACCACCGGGCGUUAGAGGCCCGCUAUCACCAAGCUAGGGUUAAGCUACACCAGCGGUUAGCGCUGCUUCUGUACAAAGAGGAUUGUCGCCAGGUGCUUGAGUGGCUGGCGAAUCACGGUGAAGUUUUUCUUCAAAAGAACACAGGAAUAGGUAGAAAUCUCCACAAAGCUAGGGUUUAUCAGAAAUCUCACGAACACUUCGAAAAUGUUGCACAGAACACUUACACAAACGCUCAGAAGCUUCUCGCGGCCGCGGAAGAACUAGCGAGAUCCGGCGAAUGUGAUCCCGAGGAAGUAUUGAGCGUGGCGAGGGAGUUGGAUUCUCAUGUGGCUGCAUUCGCGAGUAGAGUCGAUAGGAGGAGGAGAAGGCUUGACUUGGCUGUAUUGCUGUAUUCACAUGAAAAAGAUCUCCUUCAAUGGCUGGAGACGCUUCGCAGCGGCGGCGGCGUGUGCGCAUCAGACGACAGUCCCGAAGCAGCGCGUCGUGCGCUUGAACAGUGCGCACAACAUCGCGCCGCAAGUCUCGACGCGUGCGCAGCUACUACUGCGCAGGGGGAAGCUCUGUUAGCUGAUCUCAGAUCAUCCGGCGAUUCGGAGGCUGCAAGUACAGCGGCGGUGGAGAGUACCCUCGAGCGGCUCCGCGGCACCCGGGGCGCCUUGGAGGAGUUGUGGAGCGACCGCGAGAGGAGACUGGAACUGACGCUGCAGCUGCGCCAUUUUGAACGAGACGCGCUCGAGGUAUCUUCGCGUCUGGAGCUGUGGGGCGACGAACUGCAACACGCCGAGCCGCCCCGCGAGCCGCAACAAGCCGAGCAAGCGCUGGCCGCGCACAACGAGAGCGUGGCCAGGAUGCAGCACGCCACCUACCAGGUGGUGCAACAAGGCCAAGAACUAGCCCAGGCAAUCGCAGAAGCGGCAGACGUUAUGGCGUCCAGCGGGUCCGAAGGUUCGGAGUCCGCGCCCUUGGACCCCCAGGCGAGGGUGCAACUACUAUUGGAGUUCCUACACGAUCGACAACUUGAUUUAGAGGAGUUGGCGGAAGAAAGACGCGCCCGGUUUGAGCAAUGUGUUCAGCUGGGUCAAUUCCAAAAGGACGCGGCGCAAGUAGUGAGUUGGAUCCGAAACGGCGAGGCGAUGUUGGCCGCCUCGUUCUCUAUCCCGGGAACGCUGUCGGAGGCGGAGCAGCUGAAGAGGGAACAUGACCAGUUCCAGGUGGCCGUGGAGAAGACGCAUGCGAGCGCCGUCCAGGUCAAAUAUCGAGCUGAUGCACUGCGCGCCGCCAAUCAUUACGAUCCGCAUACAAUACGAGAAAUAUCAGAAGAGGUAACGGAGCGAUGGCAGCGCCUCGUGACAUGCGCGGAGGAGCGGCACAAACUUGUGACGGCUUCGCUAAACUUCUACAAAACCGCCGAACAAGUGUGCUCGGUGCUGGACUCUUUGGAGCGGGAGUACCGACGUGAUGAAGACUGGUGUGGGUCUGCCGCCGCGCCCAACGAUGAGCCGUCGCUGGCGCAUGCGGAUAAGGCGGCGCAGGUGGCAGCACUGAUCGUGAAGCAUGGUGAACAAAAAGAGGCUUUCCUGAAAGCGUGUACAUUGGCGCGACGGACGGCGGAGACUUUCCUGAAGUACGCGGCUCGAUCAGCUCAAGUGCACGGCCAAACUGCCGCAGCUAGCAAGGCCCAUCACGAACAAACCAGGGCCAUACUUGACACGCUACUCGCACAAGAGAAUAAGGUACUAGAGCACUGGACGGUCCGCAAGAAGCGCUUGGAGCAGUGCCAGCAAUUCGCGUUGUUCGAGCGUUCCGCACGCGCCGCGGUGGAAUGGAUCCGUGAGACACAGGAGCGGUGCGGAGCGGCGGCCGCGGCUGCUGCGGCCGGGGUGGCCAGGGAGUCCAGGGAAAGAGUGCGGUUGUUAGCACAACUAGCUGAUGGACUUGUGGAGAAGGGGCACCCUCACGCUGUUCAGAUCAAGGAGUGGGUUGCGGCUGUUGAUGCCAGAUAUGCCGAAUUCAGCGGUUCAAUGGAGGGCGGUGAGAGCGAGGCAGAAAGCGACUCUGGCGUCGCUCCGUCCUUGUCAUCGUCGCAAGCCGAACAUGAACGAGUUGAGCCGAGCACCGCCGCUGGCGACGAUAAGAGACGAAGUGCUAGAAGGAAGGAGUUCAUAAUGGCGGAACUGCUGCAGACAGAAAGGGCUUACGUGAAGGACUUGGAGACUUGCAUCACGUGCUACCUGCGCGAAAUGCGCGCCGACCCCUCGGCCGUUCCCGCCGCGUUACAUGGAAAGGAGGACAUAAUAUUCGGCAACAUCGAGGAAAUCCACCGGUUCCACGAGCGGGUGUUCCUGCGGGAACUCGACAAGUACGAGACCAUGCCCGAGGACGUCGGCCAUUGUUUCGUGACAUGGGCCCGCGAGUUCGACAUGUAUGUCGCGUACUGUCGAAACAAGCCCGAUUCUAACGCUGCGGUGGUGCAAAACGCUGGCGACUACUUCGAGAGGGUACAACGCAAGAAGAAGUUGGAACACCCCCUGGCCGCGUACCUGAUCAAGCCAGUGCAGCGCAUCACCAAGUACCAACUUCUCCUCAAAGACCUGCAAGCUUGCUGUGCGGAGGGACAAGGCGAAAUUAAGGACGGACUGGAAGUAAUGCUAUCGGUGCCGAAGAAGGCGAAUGAUGCUAUGCACCUUUCUCUCCUGGAGGGCUGCGACGUGCCCACCGACAGCUUGGGCGAGGUGGUCCUUCAGGACUCGUUCCACGUGUGGGACCUGCGGCAGAUCAUCAAGAAGGGUCGCGAGCGACGCGUAUUCUUGUUCGAUCUGCAUUUGCUACUCGCUAAAGAAGUCAAAGACUCCCACGGCAAGGCGAAGUACAUUUAUAAGACUAAGUUUAUGACAUCGGAGCUGGGCGUGACGGAGCACAUAGAGGGCGACGAGUGCAAGUUCUCCGUGUGGACGGGCCGCGAGCCCAUGGCCAGCGACUGCCGCAUCGUGCUGAAGGCGCCUUCGCUGGAAGUUAAGCAGACUUGGGUGCGCCGUCUCAGGGAGGUCAUACAGGAAACGUACUUCAGCGGCGCCUUACAGCAACCGCCGCGAAGUCCGCCGCGAGUGCGCCCCACCAGCUCCCAGAGAUCUAGCAGGGACCUUGAGGAGACAUUGCUGGACGACACGACGGAGAACUUGGACAGGAACUCCCUCGCGUCCUUCGGCAGCGGGAACACUACAGACUCGGAUAAGGCGGGACCAGAAAUGACAUGGGUGGUGGCCGAGCACACAGCAGCAACUACAGGGGAGCUGUCAGUCAGCAAAGGUCAGCAGGUGGAAGUUGUGGAGCCCUGGUCAGGAAAGCCAGACUGGUGGGUGGUCAGGGUCCCAGGGGAGCCGCCCGCAGAGGGCGCGGUCCCCGCCAACGUGCUGAAGCCCCAACCACAGCCUAAGACCUCGCCGUCACGGAGGCCGUUGAGUCAGCCCUGCGAAGAAGCGUUAGAAGCAUCCAAUUCUGACCCCGGAGGAACAGUGAGUGCAGCCAGCCCAGGCAAGCAGCGGCGUGGGUUUAGUGGGCGGCGAUGGCUAGGCCUCCGCAAGCCGUCGCAGGGCAAAGAGAAGGCCCCGAGCGGGGCGCAGUCCCCGGCCACCGCGGACAAACCAGCGCCGCUCAAGAAGAUUCCAUCCGAUAAGAAACUAAAGUUGCCGUACACCACGGACAAUGGGCGCACAGAGGAAGGCGAGUGCAGCCACGGCGCAGCGCUAGACGAGGCUGAAGACGAUGCGGCUGACUUAGAACUACCACCACCGAUGAAACCGCUACAGGUAGAUCCGCAGUCAGUGCUUCAGCAAGCGCCCACACCAGCCGCCGCAGCCUCCGCCCCCACCACACGGAAUUCGUUGGCCCUGGACGCCUUGGAAACUAACGGCGGCCCGGCCGAUAUUGCGGAAAUUGAGCAAAUUGUCAAGGAAAAGAUGGAACAACACGGUGGAGCCAGUUCCUCGGGGCGUAGCGGCGAGAAUGACGAGGAACCUCCCCCCACCCCCGGGCCCAACACUGACGAGGCCAACCUCAAGAAGAGAGAGUACGUUCUGAAGGAACUCGUUGACACUGAAGAGAUCUACGUGUCGGAUCUGAGGCUGGUCUGCGAGGGCUACAUAAAGCACAUGCAGGAGCCAAACGCGGACCCACCACUGCCCGAGGGCCUGCGCGACCGGCGUCAUCGGAUGAUCUUCGGCAACAUUGAAGCCAUAUACGAGUUCCACCGAGACAAAUUCGUCCGCGACCUUCGCGCAUGCGUGGAAGCACCCGAGCUGCUCGGCGACCUGUUCCAUCGGUUCCUGGAGAAGAGAAUGUUCCUCUACGAGGCGUACUGCAGGAAUAAGCCUGUCUCUGAGUACAUCGUGUCCGAACACGAACAUUACUUCCAAGAGUUAAGGCACAAACUUGGACACAAACUACAGUUGGGCGACCUGCUGAUAAAGCCGAUCCAGCGCAUCCAGAAGUACCACCUGCUGGUGAAGAAGAUUUACACGUACUCGGAGAAUGCUAACGCCCCCCCGGCCGUGCUCGCGGCGCUACGUGACGCCGUGCACUACACCGACAUUAUACCCAAAAACGCCAAUAAUAUGAUGGACGUCGGCCGACUGCAGGGAUUCACGGGGAACAUAACAGCUCAAGGCAAGUUGCUGCUGCAAGAGCCGCUGCUAGUGUCGGAGGUGACGAACAGCGGGGAGGGCAAAGGACGGGAAUUACAUGUGUUCCUCUUUGAGCAGUGCGUGAUCUUUGCGGACGCAGUCGGGAAAAAGAGCCAGUUCGUCAGCCAGACGUAUAACUACAGGGCGCAUGUGCAGGUCAACAAAAUGGACUUGGAAGAGUUGGACGGCCAUAGCGCUUUCAUCAUUCACUCCGUAGACCCCAACAAACCCAAGCAGUCGUUCGUUUGCCGUGCCCCACUAACUCGUCGUCAGGAGUGGAUUUCUACACUCUCUCGUAUACUGCAGUCCCAGAGGAUCUUUGGCGAAGCCCUGGAAAAUCCUGGGGCUUACUUGAGAGAGUUACAUCGUGAUACGCGCGAUCCCGCUGCCGAGGGUUGGUGCGGGCUUCGUAAGACGGAGAGCGUGCCGCCGGGGUUGGGCGGGCGGUUGGCGACGGAGCUGCGCGCCCGCACGCAGCGGCCGCACGCUAAGGCGAACACGAUCAACUUGCCGACGACCACCAUCCGCGCCGACGAACGCGCGACUGCCAGCGUGCCCGCUAAUAACGCCGCUGUUAGCCCCACUUCGCCGCCACACAACGGGCUGUCGAAGCGGCCCUGGGGGCUGAAGCUGCGGCGGGGCGCCAGCGGGGGCGAGCCCAGCGCCGACGGCGUCGUGACGGAGUUGCGGCCGCCCGAGCUGCUGGAGCUGAUGGCCGACGUCGUCGUGUCGCCCGGCGCCGUCGCUGCCCUAGCCUGCCGCGCCCGGGCACCGCGCGCCACCGCCACCUGGCGCAAAACUGCACCCGAAACUCGCGCCUUGCGACAUGGAGGCCGGUUCGCAAUCAAAAUGACGCCUGAAGGCCUCGCGACCCUGACGAUCCACGCGUGCAGAGCUUCGGAUGCCGGCGUCUACUGUUGCCUUAUAAGCAAUGAAUUAGGUGGAGUUCAAAGCUCAGCGCGAAUUACUGUCGGUUCGGGUGGCGCCCCGGGAGUGCCAGCCGUGCGGGCGCACCCUGGAGGCGGGCUGGUUGUACAAUGGGACGAACCAUCGCCCGCACAUCUCGAAUACUGCCGAGUGGGAGAAGGAGAGUGGCGGCGCGCGACUGAAACGCCCGCUGCUGCUAAUACAUUAGCACUGGAAGAACUGCCUGCGGGGCAAUAUAGUUUCCGGUUGAUUUGCGGUCGGUCUGGAGCGCCGGGACCGGCGUCCGGUCCGGCGGCAUGCGGCGGCGGCGGCGGCUGGCAACGGGAGCAGUUUGCUAGGAGAUACAGCGUAGAGGAAGAAAUUGGAAGGGGACGCACGGCGCGUGUACUCGCCGCAAGGGAUACUGGAACCGGACAAAAAGUCGCGCUAAAACAGGUGUACGCAGGCCGCGGUGCGUGCGCACAGCGCGAGUACCGCAUCUUGUCUCAAUCGGCCCACGGCUCCGUGGUGCGGGCCCUGGCCUUGUUCGCCGAAGUUCCCAGGGCCGGAGCCCAUACUAUAGUUUUGGAGCUAGUGGGCGGUGGCCCAUUGCUGGACUGGGCAGCGGCCUCCCCCACGCAAUACACACAGAAGCUGGUGGCCAGUCAGACCAAGCAAUUAUUAUCUGCGCUCGAUUGGCUGCAUAGCAACCACAUCGCUCACCUCGAUGUCAGACCGGAAAACAUUUUAGUGGAGCUUGGUGGUGCUCAGCCCCAACUAAAGCUGGUAGACCUCGGUUCGGCGGUGGAGACGGAGGGUGGGGGCGCACUGGGGAGGGAGGUCCUGCCACCUGCGCCUGCACAGUUAGAGUUUGCGCCUCCAGAGUGCGUGCUCGGGCGUCCGCCUUCUUCAGCAUGGGAUGCCUGGGCCGCUGGUGUCUUUUUAUACGUAUUCUUGACUGGGCUAUCGCCCUUCCUUGACGAGUCUGUCGAAGAGACUACAGCGAACAUCAUAAAGUGCGACUACUGCUUCCCGCCAGAACACUGGGAGGGCGCAAACGGCGCCGGUGAGAGGCCACAGACCCUCAUCCGAGGUCUGCUCGAGGCCACGCCUGCCAGGCGACUGCAACCCCGCGCCGCACUCGUAGACUCCUGGUUUGACGAAGCUCCAUCCACUCCUCUCUCCGCCUCGCAGCUCAAAACAUUCUUAGAUCGACGGCGGCCGGCCGGACACGGCGCCCAGAGGUCUCCGGACGACACCUGAGCGUCCAACCAAAUCAGAACGGACCCCGUCACGUCGCGUCAGACGCGCCCACUUUUGAUAUUAGCCUAUUAGUCUUGACAAUGUGAGCGGAACGUUUUCAUCAACCAAUACGACUUAUAAUAUUCUUAGUGGUUGGAGAUUGUGAUCCGCGGUGAUCUAAGCUUCACUCGAUUCUGUUCUACGUAGUUCUUAUCGUUCUAUAGUCAAUGUCCCACCUGUCGUUCGGUAUUUUAUGAGUGACUGCGACAACUUUGUGUCUAUCGUCUAACGGAGAAGUGAAGGUAGUGCGUGGGCGCUGAUUAACAUUUCUAAAUUUGGUUUAUGAAAAUAAACGGCUACCACAUCACACUAUCGUUUUAUCUAUGAAGGAAUUUUUAAAGAAUUUUAUUUAUCAAAGAACGACGAUAAAAUCUAUGGCGUGAAAUUUUCAUAAACAGGAAUAAAAAGUUUUUGAAUUAUUGUUUUAGAAUUUAAAUUUACUGCCAAAAAAUAAGUAAUCCUUGAUUUAUAGGUCUCAAAUGUUAGUCAGCGCAUAAUUAUCUUUUGCGAGCAAUUGAACGGCAAAAGCAGCUCAACAAUUGACAAUCAGUGUAAACAAGGCCAAAAU